UCCGGCCGAGGCGGGGAGUGCUGGUGCCGAUGCCAGGCAUUCUGGAAAAGCGACUCCGGGACUUUCCCCAGCUUCACGACCGAGAGUACAUCGACACGCAUUUUUCCGAACUCGAGAAUCCACCCCUUGUUCUGCCGCUGACCGGCGACCCCAAGCGUGUUGUGUACUUUAUCUACGAGUACGACCCCCUCCUCGAUUCUUCCAAUGCCACAAUGGAUGAUUGGAUAUGCAUAGCGCAGGACAUUGAGCUAAACUACAAGGAUUUUGACGGAUUCGUGAUACUCCACGGAACGGACACCAUGGCCUACACUGCGUCAGCUCUGUCGUUUGUGUUCGAGAAUCUGGGCAAGCCCGUAAUCAUCACAGGCUCCCAGAUUCCUGUGUUUGAGCCACGCAGCGACGGUCGCGAAAACUUGCUAAAUGCUCUCAUCAUUGCGGGGAACUACACAAUACCGGAGGUGGGACUGAUGUUCCACAACCAACUGUUCAGGGGCAACCGGACGAGCAAGUUCAGUAUUGACCAACUGGACGCCUUUGCGUCUUUCAACCUGCGCCCGUUAGCCACCAUCGGCAUCAAUAUCGAGAUCGAGUGGAACUUGUUGGAGUCACGGCACCUGUUGGAUCCGGCGGCACCGAAGCUGUUCCGAGCACAUGACCGCCUCAACCGCAACGUCGGGCUGCUGCGUUUCUUCCCCAGCAUUACCCUCGAAGUGGUGCACGCUUUCCUGAGGCCUCCGGUGCAGGGAGUCGUACUACAGACCUAUGGAGCUGGGAACGCGCCGACAGCUCGCCUUGACAUCAUGGACGAGAUCCGCAGUGCCAAUGAACGCGGCGUCCUUCUGCUCAACUGCUCACAAUGUCCACAGGGAGCCGUGGAUCCCGCCUACGAGACGGGCAACGCCCUGCUCGAGGCAGGCGUGAUUCCAGGCUCGGACAUGACGCCCGAAGCUGCGUUGACGAAGCUCAGCUACGUUCUGUCCAAGACGGAGUGGACGCACGAAACCAAAAAGAAGAUGCUGCAAGAGAACCUUCGUGGAGAGCUGACAGUCUCAGCCCCGAACAAAAAGACAGGACAUUAACUGCAUCUUUGUAUUCGUCAGCCAUAUAGUUCGGUGUAUGUUGUACCGGCAGUUGUCAACGACGUUACACACUUUUGCCCGAAAUGCUCAUAUGAAAAAAAUUCCUUUCUGGGCACAAUAGCUUCUCCAAACGUCGCUGACAUGCUAUUCCUAGUUAGUACUUGCCAUCUAUUUAAUCUCUCUUUAUGUGCGGCUUCUACCGUGUUAUAUCGCGACGGAAAGAAUAAAUAUAUGCAAGCUGUA